UUAUGUAUGAUUUUAUCCUGAAGGAGUUAAAUAGAAAGCAUUUGUGAAGCAUGUAGGUAAAUUAUAUAUUUUCUUUGCAGUGGAUAAUGAUUGUUACAGGAAAGUGUUUCUUUUUUUUUAUGCAGGCACUAGAGAUGGCUUCUGGGAUCGUGGACACCCACAGCCCUGGACACAACCAGUAUCUGGUUCACAGAUCAGUCUACUCGGAGCUAAAGUUCCAGGAGGAAAAUGAGAAGAGAGAGAUUAUUAAAACAUCUUUCAAAACUAGGAUGGAAAACAACUGCAGCUGUACAUCUAGAAAGGCUCUUCUUUUUGUCAAGUCCAUUCUUCCUAUAGUGGACUGGCUUCCCAAGUACAGAUGGAAAGAAUGGUUUAUAAAUGACUUAGUCGCAGGUGUCACUGUCGGGCUGGUUAGCACCCUGCAAGGCUUGGCAUUUGCAUUGCUUGCAGCAGUCCCUGCUGGAUAUGGCCUCUAUUCUUCUUUCUUUCCUGUUCUGACCUACAUCUUCCUGGGUACAUCUAAGCACCUUUCCGUAGGACCGUUUCCAGUGGUCAGUUUGAUGUCAGGAGUUGUGGUUCUAACCAUGGCUCCAGAUGAAAAGUUUAUAAUAGCAAGCAACUCCACAGGACUGAACAAAACAGUGAUAGACACAGUAGCCAGGGAUGCAGCUAGAGUUGCUAUUACAAGCUCUCUCUGCUUCCUUAUUGGAAUCAUACAGCUUUUAUUAGGGGUAUUUCAGAUUGGCUUCAUUGUCAGGUAUUUGGCAGAUCCAUUAGUUGGUGGGUUUACCUGGGCAGCUGCUUUUCAAGUGCUUGUUUCACAAGUAAAACAAUGGCUGAAUGUCCCCACAAAGAACUACAAUGGAGCGCUCUCAAUAAUAUAUACAAUUAUAGAUAUAUUUACUAACAUCGGCAAGACCAAUAUAGCUGAUCUGAUUGCUGGAAUUUUAGCUUUCAUUGUGUGUGCUGUUGUGAAAGAAGUCAAUGAACGAUUCAAAAAUAUCCUUCGAAUACCAAUUCCUAUAGAAAUUAUUGUGACAAUUGUAGCUACAGGGAUUUCGUAUGGAGCAAAUCUGGAGAAAGUAUAUAAUGCUGGAAUUAUAAAGAAUAUUCCGAGGGGAUUUCUACCUCCCAUGACUCCGAAUGUGAGUAUUUUUUCAGAAAUCAUCGGCUCAGCAUUUUCCAUCGGAAUAAUAGCUUAUGCUGUAGCUGUGUCCGUGGGAAAAGUUUAUGGUACUAAGCACAACUAUCCAAUUAAUGGGAAUCAAGAAUUUAUUGCAUUUGGAAUAAGCAAUAUGUUUGGUGGAAUAUUUUCAUGCUUUUGUGCUUCAACUGCACUGUCCCGUACUGCGAUCCAAGAUAGCAUAGGAGGGAAGACUCAGAUUGCUAGUGUCUUCUCAGCUGGUAUUGUGUUAAUUGCAAUUUUGGCAAUUGGCAAGCUCCUUGAACCCCUGCAAAAGUCUGUGCUGUCUGCCAUUGUCAUAGUCAAUUUAAAAGGGAUGUUCUGGCAGAUCCAAGAUGUACCACGCUUCUGGAAACAAAGCAAAUGGGACUCGGCUAUCUGGGUUGUUACAUGCAUUGCAGCUAUUGUCCUGGGACUCGAUAUAGGAUUAUUGGUUGGUUUACUCUUUGGAUUAUUGACUAUCAUUAUUCGUGUUCAAUUUCCUUCCUGUAGUUCUCUUGGAAAUGUCCCAGGCACAGAUAUCUACAAGAACGUCAAGAUAUACAAACAUAUUUCUGAGCCUGCAGGAAUGAGAAUUGUUCGUUUUUCAAGUGGCAUUUUCUAUGGGAAUGUUGAAGGACUAAAAAAUGCUGUUAAAUCAAUUGUUGGAUUUGAUUCAGUCAAGGUAUUUAACAAGAGAAUCAAAGCUCUACGGAAGAUAAAGAAGCUUAUUAAGAAAGGAGAAAUUCAGUUAUCACAGAAUGGUAAAAUUGGCAACACAGGUACUGAUAAUGCAGCUUUUGAGCCCAAUGAUGAUCCUGAGGACCCAGAAGAAGUAGAGAGUACAGAGGUUCAAACAAAAGAAAUUGAAAUCCAAGUUGACUGGAAUUCAGAACUACCUGUGAAAGUGUCCGUUCCAAAAGUCUCCAUUCACAGCAUCAUUUUUGAUUUUGGACAAAUACUUUUUCUCGAUAUUGUUGCUGUUAAAGCACUAAAAUUGAUCAUGAAUGAAUUCAGAAGAAUUGAUGUAAACCCUUACAUUGCAGCAUGUGAUGACAAUGUGCUUUCACAGAUGGAAGCAUGUAAUUUCUUUGAUGCCAUAAUAAAACCAGAAAUCUGUUUCAUGACUGUUCAUGAUGCUGUAUUGUAUAUUCAGAACGAAUUCAUUGAUGGGCAUGAUCCUUUUUUGGAUAAGAUUUCACUUAUGCAAGAAUCAGCUGAUUUCACAGAUGACGGCCAAAGAUACGAAGAAUUGGAUACCCAGGAUCAGGCUUUCAGGUCACUAGCAUCAUAAAGAAAGGUGGCUUGAUCAUCCAAAUGGAAUGGACAGUAUUCAGUAGCAAAGAUUGUCUUUUUAAUAUGUUUAUUUACUAAUCUGACUGAUUGUGUAGUCACCACUUCCAUGUUUC